UGAACCCGUGGGCUCGGCGCCUCAGCGGCUCAGCCCAUUGCGGCGGCGGCAAGGCAAGCAACCCGUCCCCACGAACAGCUCGCCAGCACCGCCACCGCCACCGCCGAUCCGCCGGGCGGCGACCGUCGAUGGCGAACCCGAGGCGAGCCAUCGCGCUGCACAUCCAGACGCAGCCGCCGCCUCUCCCCACCACCGCCGCCUCCGCCCUUCCACCUCACUCCUCUGUGGCGUCGUCGCUGCUCCACUUCCUGAAGCGGCCGGCGUCCUUCCCUUUCCUUCUCUCACUCUUCGUCCUACUCACCUGGCUCUCGCUCCGCUUCCACCACCCCUCGCCGCCACCGUCGCUCGGCGGCCGCCCCUCCGUCGUGCACGACCCCCAGGCAAAUCUCGUUCGCUUCCCCGCGGAGCUCCACCCCACCCCCAUCGCCCGCGACGGGCGCGGGUGGCUCCUGGACCCCGUCGCCGCCGCCCGCGACGCCGGCCUUCCAGGUGGGGCACUGGUUUGUUUACUACUUCACGUCGGACAGAUCCAACCAGGUGGUUUACGUGGCAACCAUCGUCACCAUACUUGCAAUGAAACAUUUGUCAUCUGGGGGGCAAAGACAAAAUUCAGGUUGGAAAAUGCUGACAUAAAAGAUAAAGGAUAUGGUGAAGCCAUAAUUGCGGCUGACGAGGUCGCUAUUGUUGCAAGUGCAAGAUCCACUGCACAUGCCCUGAUCAAUAUGGAUGUUCGACCAACGUUUUUCAUAGGAUGUCAGGAUACACCAAUAAAUCCCAACAGCUCAAAUACUGACUACAAGGUCUGGAAAGACCUAUGAGAAUUGCUGCAUCAUUCAUUGAUCUGAGGGUAGGCAAUUGACAAGCCAAGAAGAUAAUGGAAAUGCAUGACAUCAAGACCUAUGAGAAUUGCUGCAUUAUUAGCAAUUGACAGGCUAAGAAGAUACUGGAAAUGCAUGACGCCUCCAAAAUGAUCUUCUUGUUACCAUAGGUAGUUGUUUCUAUCAUUCUACGGUCAGAUAUUUGUGCAUAGUUUUGGGAACACUAGCAGCUGGUUACUGAUUGUUGUUAGUUUGCCUAAUUUUUUUUUGUACCUUGAUACCUUCUAUUGUAAUAUAUAUAGUCUCAAUCUUUGUACUCUCUCUCAGUAUACACUAUUUGCUUUCACAAUGACUGUAGCUUGCUAGUUUGUUUCGAUUCGAUGUUAUUUUAGGAA